GACGGCACCAGUAAUGGACACGGCACCAAUUAUGGACAUUUUUUUCGUUGAUCGAAUUUAUUAAGCAACUGUCCCGACAUUUUUCAACUGGCAACACUAAAGCAUAACCAAUAGACGUUUGAGCUGUCAUUUUGACACACGUCACCAAAAUCGGCCAUUUUGUUCUUAGAUGGCUGCGAAGUCAAAAUUCGUUACGCGCGGUGGUAAUAAAAAUCCGUUUUUAUUAUUGAAAUCGUUAAGGAGAUGGCACCGAAGAAAAAUUAUACCCCCGAACAAAUGGGGAGAGCAUUGGAUGCUGUAAGGAUGGGAGAAACUAUAAGCACAGCUGCCCUCCGGUUUGGGGUUCCUCGAAUAACCUUGCACAACAAAGUGACAGGCAAAAGUCCUGCAGUUUGUGCUAUGGGGCCUCAAACUAUCCUUACGGCAGAAGAAGAGGACAUUCUGGUAAAAUGGUUGGUCGCAAUGAGUGAAAAGCACUUUCCCAUAAAUAGACAAUUAUUAACAGAGAGCGUGCAAAAAAUUAUAUUAGAUCAAGGGAAGGCCAAUCCUUUUACAAAUAACAAACCUGGAAAAAAGUGGUUUUCCUCAUUUUUAAAACGUCAUCCAGAUAUAACAGAAAAAACAGCACAAAAUCUUUCGAAGUCGAGGGAUGACGUUACCGAAGAAGGCAUACGCAAAUGGUUUAAUGAAAUAACGACAUACAUAGAAGGUGUAGGUUUAAAAGAUGUUUUAGAUGACCCUAGCCGGAUAUUUAAUACCGACGAAAGCGCAUUUUUUUUGUCACCAAAAGCAGGCCGAGUUCUUUGUAAACAAGCAGAAAAACAUCUGUACCAAUUCUGCGGCGAUGAAAAAGACAACCUAACUGUUUUACUCACUGCCAGUGCCACCGGUCAACUAGCACCACCAAUGAUAGUCUUCAAGUAUGAAAGACUGCCAGCGCACGUAACAGCCACUGUUCCUGAACAUUGGGGCAUAGGAAAAUCUGAAUCAGGGUGGAUGUGUGGGAGCACAUUCUACGAGUAUGUCACAAAUAUUUUCAAUCCAUGGCUAGAAGAGCAAAAGAUACCAAAACCGAUCCUGUUUUUUUUAGAUGGCCACAGAUCACAUUUAACAUUACAUCUAUCAGAAUUUUGCUCCGCACACGGCAUAGAGCUCAUUGCUCUGUACCCCAACUCAACCCAUAUCCUUCAACCAAUGGAUUUAGCAGUGUUUGUUACCAAUUCUAAGCUGCAGCUGCUGGCAAAGAGGCAAAGCCUCAAUAAAUGUUUAAAAAUUACUGAAAACCAGAUGGUUGAUUGAAAGUCUGAUAGUAUAACUUGGAAAUCUAAGACUGAUCAUGUUGAAAGUUCAAAUAGCGUUACCUAAUAAUAAAAGUUGAUUUGUGA